AUGCAGCCCGCGCUAGCCCCAGCGCCGCAUCCCAGCAUGCAGACCUCUGCUCAGGUUCAGGACCAUGCCGAUCAGGUCCUGCAGGAACAGCUCAUAGCUGCGCAGCAGCACCUUAACCCUCAAGGAGCGCGUCCGCAGCAAUCUCCUCACAUUCAGGCCGCCCCCGCUCGCGACCAAAACAAUAAUAUCGACCCUGCUAUCGCAGGAGGUGCCAUGAUAAAUCCCGCAGAUUCGCAGGCAGCAGCAGCAGCUGCUGCUACUGCUACUGCUGCCGCGCCCACUGGGGAGGCGCAAGCUCCUGCACCGGCACAGCAGGAACAGACUCAAGAGCAGCCUCGCAGGACAUAUGGCAAGCGUGAGCUGUCCCAAUCGAAGCGAGCUGCUCAGAAUCGCGCAGCACAGAGAGCAUUCCGUCAGCGCAAGGAAGGAUAUAUUCGGAAGCUUGAGGAGCAAGUGAAGGAAUAUGAGGUUCUGCAGGAGAGCUACAAAGCUCUGCAGGCGGAGAAUUACCAGCUCCGGGAAUAUAUCAUUAGCCUCCAGUCGCGUCUGAUCGACUCUCAGAAUGAAGUUCCCGAGUUGCCAGGAAACAUCGACUUGAGCCAGCCUCGUCCUGAACCGCCUACUGCUGCGACGUCUGGUGCCCCAUCAACGUCAGCACCCACAGGAGCUGCCACAUCCGCGCCUGCCCCGGUUGCACCGGGACAGCAGGCCCAGCCUUCUGCGGCGCCGUCUUCCACGCCGGGGGAAGACAUCAACCAACUUAACCGCAUUGCCGUUGCCGGUCUAGGGAUGCGCAAGCACCAAAACGAGGAGGGCGCGUAUGUGGGAAAUGAGAAUUUCCCAGCGAAGCGCAUGCGCACAGACAACAACAACCAGUCGGAGUCCUCGGGUGUAACAAAGACGGAAGCCCCGAAUGGCCUUUCGGUGGCUACCUGA